UCUGGAGGGUCUUCUCUGUCAUCACAGUUUGAGUGCCCAGAGAAAGGGAAAAGAAUAGGGCUUUGCCCUUGAUUUUUCCAUGGAAGAAGAGUCAAGUGAAACAUGGAGCUACGUGUGGGGAACAAGUACCGCCUGGGCCGCAAGAUUGGGAGUGGGUCCUUUGGGGAUAUCUACCUGGGUGCCAACAUUGCGUCUGGUGAAGAAGUGGCCAUCAAACUGGAGUGUGUGAAAACGAAGCAUCCCCAACUACAUAUUGAGAGCAAGUUCUACAAGAUGAUGCAGGGCGGAGUGGGGAUCCCGUCCAUCAAGUGGUGUGGAGCUGAGGGGGACUACAACGUCAUGGUCAUGGAGCUGCUGGGACCCAGCCUCGAGGACCUAUUCAACUUCUGCUCUCGCAAGUUCAGUCUCAAGACGGUGCUGCUGCUGGCCGACCAGAUGAUCAGCCGAAUUGAGUAUAUUCACUCCAAGAACUUCAUCCACCGGGACGUCAAACCCGACAACUUCCUCAUGGGACUAGGCAAGAAGGGGAACCUGGUGUACAUCAUCGAUUUCGGCCUGGCCAAGAAAUAUCGGGACGCCCGCACCCACCAGCACAUCCCCUACCGGGAAAACAAGAACCUGACUGGCACAGCGCGCUACGCCUCCAUCAACACGCACCUGGGCAUUGAGCAAAGCCGCCGUGAUGACUUGGAGAGUCUGGGCUACGUCCUCAUGUACUUCAACCUGGGCUCCCUGCCGUGGCAGGGCCUCAAGGCGGCCACCAAGCGCCAGAAGUACGAACGGAUCAGUGAGAAGAAGAUGUCCACGCCCAUCGAGGUCCUGUGCAAAGGCUACCCCUCCGAGUUCUCAACAUACCUCAACUUCUGCCGCUCCCUACGGUUUGACGACAAGCCUGACUACUCCUACCUGCGCCAGCUCUUCCGCAAUCUCUUCCACCGGCAAGGCUUCUCCUACGACUAUGUCUUCGACUGGAACAUGCUCAAAUUCGGUGCAGCCCGGAACCCCGAGGACAUGGACCGGGAACGGCGAGAACACGAGCGCGAGGAGAGGAUGGGGCAGUUGCGAGGGUCUGCGACCCGGGCCUUGCCCCCUGGACCCCCCACGGGGGCCACUGCCAACCGGCUCCGCAGUGCUGCCGAGCCUGUGACGUCCACCCCAGCCUCCCGCAUCCAGCAAGCUGGCAAUACUUCUCCCAGAGCCAUCUCCCGAGUCGACAGAGAGAGGAAAGUGAGUAUGAGGCUGCACAGAGGCGCGCCGGCCAACGUCUCGUCCUCCGACCUCACUGGGCGGCAAGAGGUGUCCCGGAUUUCAGCUUCACAGACCAGCGUGCCAUUUGACCACCUGGGGAAGUGAAGAGGAGCCACCACAGACCAGUAUUUGCGUAGUGUCUUCACUGUAUUUUCUUUAAAAAAA